AUGCAAUUCUGUAAUUUCUGUGCUAAAAAUAGUGAACAAGUUAAGGAAAUUAACGAAAAUAAAGUGAAAAUUGGUAGUAAUGUGAUGAAAAUACAAAAUUUAUUAUAUGUAUUUCAAAGUGAUAUUGUAAAAUUUCUGCUGGUCAACAAGGAGGACCCUCUAAUAUGCCUAAAUUGUUUAAAACAACUAAAAAAGUGCUAUGAAUUUGUGCAACAAAUAAAGGAGUCAGAAAACAAAUUGAAUCGUGGCAAAGAAAUCAAAACGGAACAUGAUUAUUUUGAGACGACAAGGAAUGUGGAGGAAAAUGAAACGGCAACAGAAAAAGUAACGGUAAAUUGUGAGAGGCUCAAUAAUUAUGCGACCACAGAAAUGUUUAAAUCUAACUUCAAAUUUAAACCGAUUUUACCAAAAGCAGAGUCUAACGAAAUAGUUAAACAAUUAGAUAAAUCCUUGAGUCCCAAAACGCGUUUAUAUAAAUGUUUAAUGUGUGCCGAAUCAUUUAAAUCUUUUAAACAUUUAAAUGAACAUGAACAAGAAUUUUGUAAAAAUAAAUUUGUAAAAGAUUUUCACAUUUGCAAGUACUGUCAUAAGUGUUUCGCUAAAGAACUGUCUUUAAGUGCACAUGUGUCUUUAAAACAUUCAAAAGGAGAAUUUAUGUGUUGCCUGUGCCAAGAUAAAGCGUAUGCCGGUAAAGGAUAUCUCGCUCGUCAUAUAGAAAAGGUUCAUCUACAUGAGAGUUUACAUUAUUUUUGUGGAGAAUGCGAAGAACUCGUUUGUAUGUCAAUGCUAGAAGAAUUACGUGAACACUUGUUGUGUAAACAUGCUUCAGAGACUGCAAACUCGGCAGUGGAGGAUCCAACCCAGGCAGCAUUAAAUGACGAGGAUAUGGAUUUAGAAAUGCAUGAAGAAUUCUUAGAUGAGUUUUUAUUGGCUCACACUAAUGAAAAUUCAUUUCAAUUUUCCGAAUGCUGGGAAGCUUUGGACUUGCACCUUCCCGAUAUGUUGCAAGCAAGUGCAGCUAAUCUCCAUAAUGUGCCUGAAUUUAAAGAAGCAUUUGCAUGUCCUAAAUGUUUUGAACAAUUUAAAAAUCCCCAACCUUUACUAAAACAUUUGGCCGAUGUGCAUAACUUACCAGUAUUAAUAUGCCGUGUAUGCAGUAAAUGCUUUACCUCUUUUCAAGAUUUUAAAAGGCACAAGUUACAAAAAUGCCUACAAAACUCCAGUCUUCAUCCUCUUUUGCUGGAGUGUCCUUAUUGUAGUAAAUCUUUUAAAAAUGCCAUUAAUCUCAAGCAACAUUUACGCAUUGUCCACUGCCAAUUGAAGCGUCACAUUUGCCAGUUGUGUGAUAAACAGUUCUCAACAUUGGAUCAUUUAAAGAAACAUGUCUUGAGUCAACAUCAAAACGAACGUAAACAUGUGUGUACGGUUUGUGAUAAAAGUUUUACCCAAUUGGGUCAUUUGAAACAACAUUUGGCCAUACAUACCACGGGUAAAACGUUUCAGUGUUCGGUGUGUAAAUUAAAGUUUUGGCGUAAAAUCGAUUUGGAAAGACAUCGUCACAAGAAUCUGGUGUCGGAGGUGUGUGGUGGAAAAUAGGAUUCAUAACCUUUUAACAAAAAUUGUAUACAAAAAUACUGCAAAGUGUGGCAUCAUAAUCGCAAUCAUCAUAAUCUACAUAUCUACUGUAUUAUAAUAAUAAUGAGAUCAUUGAAAUCGCCAUGACUUCAGCCCUCAGUUACUGCAGUUGGAAAUGAAAAGGAAGGAAGGAUGCUUUACACGAUUUUUAACAUUUAAUAUAGUGUCUAUUUGCAAUAAAUAUAUUUAAAUUUUUUGUCAUUAUAAAUAUGAAAUAAAUUCGAAUUACCUGGCCCAGAACACAUUUAAUA